ACCCUGGUGAGCACUGCUGGAGCCUGAUCAAUAGAUUGAGUGUAAUUUAUGUGCCUGUCAGCAAAAAACAAAAAGUCAGCUGUCUUGGAAUUGUGUCAGGGUUAGGGUUCACUGUGUGACCCCAGGGCCCAGUAGGAGGGUGAUAAGAGAGGGUAUAUAAAUAUCCAGGCAACAGCACAGGACCACAGUCUAUCUGCCUGAGAAGACUGUCACACUCCUUCUGCACAGACAGAGAGACAAGAUGGACUUUUUAGUUCUGCCCUCCAUCCUGCUGGUCCUUUCUACCAUCCAUGCUUUCCAGUAUACAGAGCUGGUGCGUUACAUCGACAGCCAUCAAGAAGAAUAUGUGGAGGCUCUGCGGGACUGGGUUGCAAUUGAAAGUGACUCCAGCAAUGUGUUGAAGAGACCAGACCUACACCACAUGAUGGAGAUGGUGGCUCAGAAACUGAGGCUGAUGGGAGGAAAUGUAGAGCUGGUGGACAUCGGAGAACAAGAACUUCCUAAUGGACAGACAAUAGCUCUGCCUAAAGUGGUGACAGCUCAAUUUGGCAAUGACCCAAACAAACACACAGUGUGUGUCUACGGUCACGUGGAUGUCCAACCAGCCAAGCUAGAGGACGGCUGGGCAACGGAUCCCUACAACCUGACCGACAUCAACGGUAACCUUUAUGGACGAGGGGCAUCAGACAACAAGGCCCCAGUUCUAGCCUGGAUCCAUGCAGUGGAGGCUUACCAGGCCCUCAAUAUGGAUCUGCCAGUGAACGUGAAGUUUGUCAUCGAAGGCAUGGAGGAGACAGGCUCUAAUGGCCUGGACGCCAUGAUCCUGGCCCAGAGAGACACCUUCUUCUCCGAUGUCGAUUACAUCAUCAUCUCAGACUGCGGCUGGCUCAGCAGACGGCCCGCUCUCACCUACGGCACCAGAGGAAACUGCUACUUCUAUGCUGAGGUUGAGGGGCCUAAACAGGACUUGCAUUCUGGUGUUUAUGGUGGCACUGUGAUUGAACCAAUGACUGACCUGAUUGGCAUUCUUGACACACUGAUCAGCCCCAGCGGUAAAAUCCUAAUCCCUGGGAUUAGGGAGGCUGUGGCUCCCCUCUCUGACGAAGAAUGGAAAAUGUACCAGGACAUCCAGUUUGACCUUGACAACUACAAGGGCAAGAUUGGUGUCAACCAGCUUAUGUACAGCAACAAGGUGGACCUGCUGGCCCACAUGUGGCGCUACCCCACUGUCUCCAUCCAUGGCAUUGAGGGGGCCUUCUCUGACCCUGGUACAAAAACUGUCAUCCCUGCUAAGGUGACGGCUAAAUUUUCUAUUCGACAAGUUCCCGACAUGGACCCUGCUCUGGUCAAGAAACAGGUGACAGACUACCUUCACUUGGUGUUCGCCAAGAGGAAGAGUCCUAACAAGCUGAAAGUCACUAUGGUGAUUGGGGCCAAGCCUUGGCUGGCUGACACUCAACAUCCUCUAUAUGAGGCCGGAAAGGCUGCUGUCAAAAGAGUUUUUGACGUGGAUCCUGAUCUGAUCCGUGAGGGUGGGACCAUCCCUAUUGCCAGAACCUUCCAGGAUGUGACAAGGAAAAGCAUCAUCAUGAUGCCCAUCGGAGGCUUUGAUGAUGGGCUGCACUCCCAGAAUGAGAAAAUCAGCAGGUACAACUAUAUCGAAGGAACCAAGUUAUUUGUCGCCUACCUGAAUGAAGUAUCCCAGAUUAAGAGGAGCAGUGUGUGAAGAUUCAUGUCCUCAUUAAAUACCCUCUUAAAGCAUUCCAGAUACAGUGAGCUCUCCCAGAAUCUGUCACUGUGCCUUUAUCUCUUUCAUCCAUUUCACUGUGUGUUGCUAAGCUUUUAUUUAUCUGCAUCUCAAGCACCUCCGCCCUGGUAAUUUAGUCAGUAAAGGUAUUUUUGAAUAACGCUUGUAUUCUACUCAUGAAUUGUAGCCAAUGUGAGGAGCAGUGAAACUAUCUAACGAUCUACCUAUGUAGACAUGUGAGUGAUUAUAGCAGCAUAUGCGAGUCCUGUUGAUUGGUAAAAACGUGACAUGAUCUCAUGUUGCUGGUCUUGUCACUCAUUUUGCAUAUGUGGUGUAUGUUUGUGCUCCAUAUAAUGUCGGACAGUGCUGUAAGUGUAUGUUUGUUAUGUAGUAAAAGCGGUAAUAAUACAACCAUUUUGUUUUUCUGUUAUGUGAGACAGUGUCAGAAUGUUCUCUGUUCAGUGUUAAUA